GCCAGCCAUGGCUCCAAAAAAAAAGGCAAACAAGGGGGCCAAGGAGCCCGAGGUCAAGAGGAAGAAAGGUGGCAAGAAGGAUCCUGGCACAGCCGUGGACCCAACUGUAGUUGAGGAGCUCCGGAAGUUCUACCACAUCCAGAUCCGAGACCUGGAGGACAGGCUGGCUCGGUACCAGCGGAAGUGGGAUGAGCUGGUCGUGCAGGACAAGCUGUUCCACCAGGAGUUCGAGCAGCUGGCUAACAACAAAAAGGAGAUCGUGGCCUUCCUCAAGCGCACGCUCAACCAGCGGGUGGAUGAGAUCACCGACCUCAACGAGCAGCUCCAAAGCCUGCAGCUGGCCAAGGAGAUAGAGAAGGACGCCUUUGAGGCACAGCUAGCCCAGGUGCGCCAUGAGUUCCAGGAGACCAAGGACCAGCUCACCUCGGAGAACAUCGUCAUCGCGGGGAAGCUGGCAGCCCUGGAGGAGUUCCGGCUGCAGAAAGAGGAGCUCACGGACAAGUUCACAUCGCUGGAGGACCAGCUGCAUAUGCAGGAGAAAGAAUUCAAGGAUUAUGUGUACAACCUGGAGAAGAAGUCAGUGCUGGACAAGGACAGAGUGAAAAAGGAAGUCAUUCAGCGUUUGAACAUGGUGGCCACUGAGUUCCGCAAGGUGGCCACUGACCAGAUGUGGGACACAACGAAGCGGGCCAUCCUGGAGAACAAUGCCGUGACCCUGCAGCUGUCCAAGGUCACCAGGCACGGCAUGAGGCUGCUGCAGGAGAACGACCAGCUCAAGGGCGCGCAGGACAAGAUGUCCAAACAGCUGGAGCUGCUGGAGGACAUCGUGAAGGCCAUGGCCAGGCACCGCAGAGACUACCAGCAGGUCAUCCUCAGGCUAACCCAGAAGUGCCACAGGGAGCAGAAGGGCAGAGAGGAGGCUGAGCAGCUGGGCCUCCUGCUGAGCCAGCUGGAGCGGAACCUCCUGCAGCUGCAGAAGGACAAGGAGGCACUGAGGUGCCAGAGAGACCAGCUGAACCUGCAGGUGAAGCUGCACCAGGUCGGGGCACAGCAGCUGCAGCAGGAGCUGACCAAAGAGCGGAAGGUUCGGGCAAGCCUGGAGACAGCCCUGGGCCAGGCCACUGCCUUCCUACAGGACAUCCUGCAGCAGAGGCAACCAGAGGAAGAGGACGGCGACUUUGAUAUAGGGUACCACCUGCAGCACAGGCAGAUGCUACAGCAGCUACUGGCCAUGCUCGGCUCAGCCACUGCCCUAAGGCCCCAAAAGGAAAGCCAGUCCCGGGGCCCCAAGGAGAGCCUGUGCAGCACCCAGACACCCAGGGCCAGGCCUCUGCAGCAGCAGCUGUUGGACAUCAAGCCCUACCAGCUGGGAGACCUGGGCCUGGUGCCCCGCCGGGCCCAUGUCCCGCCCAACCCCGAGGACCUCAGGCUGCUCUCGCACACCACCCGUAUGAGAGCACCCCACUCCCACAGGGACUCAGAGAUCCACAUCUCUGGUUCUCCAAAAACGCUCAAAAAGUUGAGUUUGCCUGAAGUUUCCCUACUUUCCAAGUAAGACACGGAAAGAAGACCAGCUGC